AAACAUUGUCAAUUACUUAAAUUUGAAAACUAUGUUUAGAAAACGAUGAGUUGACUAAAGCUUUCAUAAUUUUAGAACUUUUGUUUCAGAUUUAGCUUUUACUUUAAAAAUGCAUUUUUUUCUGUAGUGGAUACCGUAAAUUUGCGGAUUGGUAGGUCAGAAGUUGUAUCUAUUAACCUCCUAACCACACAGUGAACGCGGCAUUUGACUCGGCAGCAGGAGAGCUCAAAGGGGGUUUGAAACUGUUAGGAUUCCUUAAAUUCAACCGGUAAUUAUAUAUAUGUUUGUAUCCUACAUUAUGAACUUAAAUGUAAAACAAGAAUCCUUUUUUAAUCUGCGACAUUACGAAUAGCUGUCUGUUUGUUUGUUCGUUUUUGCUCAAAGUAAAAUAAAGUUAGCCGUAUAUUACUGUGCUAAAAUGCCCACUGAGGUAAAGCAGAGAAAAAAGACGCAGGUACAUAAACAGAGUGACGAACCACCAGAAAGUUCGUCAGCAAACUGCAAAGAUGAAGCAGAAAAGAUGAAAACGGAAGACGGAGGCAACAAAGCAUCGAAUAAAACGUCUCCGGGUCCGGACUUGAAGAGUUUGCUGUGUUUGCUGUCGCUUGCAGUCUGCGGAGCUCUCGGCUGGGUGGUGCUGCAGCAGAACGAGAGGUUCUCCCAACUUGAAGAAAAGUACAGGUCUCUGCAUGGAAAAACCUCCAGCAUGUUGGACACGCAGGAAGAGAUUGCCAAAGUAUCUAAAAAGCUUGCCGCUUCUGAGGAUGACCUACAGGAAGCGCUCUCCGCCGUCUCCCUGACAACAAGACUCCAGCAAGAGAUCUCCACCCUCCACGCGGUCGUGAUGGAGAUGCAGGCCGAGGAGAACUCCGCCUCCCACGACCUGCAGACGGUCAAUGCCCGCUUCCUCAACGUGACGGAGACGUGGCAGCAGCGCCUAGCCAGCAUCACCUCUGACCUGGCCGGCCUCAAGGCCGAGUCUCGGGAUGCUCACGCCGGAGCCGCCGAGCGGGUGAACGAGGCCGAACGGAGGGCUCGGCAGCUCGCAGAGAGGCUGGAGGAGCUGGAGGACAGCACGAAGAGGAACGCCCGGGUCCUGGAGCGCACCGAGGAGGACGACGCCAAGCGAGCGCAGGAUCAGCUGGACUGGAACACCAAGCAGAUCCACAAACUGGAGGAGCAAAUCAGCGGCCUGGUCAAGAACAAGGCUGAGCUGAGCUCUCAGCUGGAGGAGCACGUGCCCCGGGCACAGGCCUGUGAGGAGCACCUGCCCCAGGUAGAGGAGGCGGUGCGCUCCAUCCUGAAACUGGGCGGCGACCUGAGCGGGGCGGAGAAGAGGCUGGAGGAGGUCACUCUGCAGGUGUUUGGGACGGAGGACAGCAUGCUGAAAGCACUGAAUGAAAUCCUUGAGAUCAGACAGGAGCUGGACACCCUGCAGGCUCAAAACAGCAUCCUGAAAAUGAAGAAUGAGUUGUCCGUGGUGAAAGAGGCUGUACGUGAACUCACCAUGGUCCUGAGGGAAGGUAGGGCUGAAAGCCAAAUGGACCCAGAAACCUUGGAGGGAGAGGGAUGGACAGAUGAAGAGGAGGAGGAGGAGUUGCCAGUAAACAACCAGGACGAACCAGCUGAACUUCCUCAUGAUGACUUCAAUGUAUGAUAUCGAUUUGUAGUAAAUAGGGAAAAAAGAGACCAUGCAAUCCCACAUUACUCCCUGGAAAAUAAUGUUAGGCCAAAUCAGUAUUAAAGUUUAGUUUAAGUAGGUUUUCUUACCUCAGUUUAAUAAAUAUAAGAAAAUUAAUCAGGAACAUCAUAACUCAGACGUUGGCCAGAUUGUAACCUGCUCUUAGACUCACAUGCACUGUAUUUACCAGAAGCACAGUUAGCCUUGUACAUACAUUUGUCAUUUGCACUGUCUUUUUUUUAUAUGUUAGAGAUGUUUGCGCAAUUCAUCGACCAUUUGUCCAGCUCCAGAAUUUCAAUUGUAAUCUGUUUUUAAUUAGUAAUCUUUUUCUCUUGUAUGGUUCUACUUUUGGAAAAGAUGUGAUAUGAGAAUGUUUUAAUUUGCAAAUAAGUCAUGACUUUCAGGCUUCUGCCAUCUGACCUGACACAGAAACAGCCUCUGCAGGUGUAAAAUAAUACAUACAUUUUUUGGGGGGACUGUAAUCUUUGAACUUUUUCAAUAAAACCACCUUUUUUUUAAAAGUCAAUUUG